AUGUUUGACUCCACCAGUUCAAGCAGUUUCACCUCAGAACUAGUUAAUGAACUGGUGUUACAUGCAUCCUCUGUUUUUUCUUUGUCAGACAUUCUCAAACGCUUCCCAGUAUUUAGCCUGGGUCAUGCCAAGUUGAUUUUACAAAUUUUCCAAGAAAUUUUUGAAGACAUUCCAUACUUUGAUGAAAUGAUGGCAACAGUUGUACCUAAUGACCUAUUUUUCAUGGACUUAUAUUAUGACUGUGAUGAAACGGAACACAUCUCAACUGAGUCAGAUUCCGAUCCAGAUAGAAUUAACACAGAAGAACUAGAAAAUGUGUAG